AUGUGGGAGCCAGUGCUGUUUGGGACCUGGGACGGUGUGUUCACGUCAUGCAUGAUCAACAUCUUCGGGGUCGUGCUUUUCCUGAGGACUGGCUGGCUGGUGGGCAACACGGGUGUGCUGCUGGGCAUGUUCCUGGUGUCCUGUGUCAUCCUUGUGGCCCUUGUCACCGUGCUGUCCGGUAUCGGCGUGAGCGCCCAUGGCGGCGUGGGCAGUGGCGGCGUCUACUCCAUGAUCUCCUCGGUCCUUGGUGGGCAGGCGGGAGGCACCAUUGGGCUGCUGUACGUCUUCGGACAGUGUGUUGCAGGUGCCAUGUAUAUCACUGGCUUUGCUGAAUCCAUCUCGGAUUUGCUGGGCCUCAGGAACAUCUGGGCCGUGAGAGGCAUUUCGGUGGCUGUGCUCCUGGCCUUGCUGGGGAUUAACCUGGCAGGGGUCAAGUGGAUCAUCCGCCUCCAGCUGCUGCUGCUGCUCCUGCUGGCCGUGUCCACGCUGGACUUUGUGGUGGGCUCUUUCAGCCACUUGGACCCAGAGCAUGGUUUUAUUGGCUAUUCCCCGGAGCUGCUACGGAACAACACUCUGCCGGAUUACACCCCGGGGGAGUCCUUCUUCACCGUCUUCGGGGUGUUCUUCCCAGCUGCCACAGGAGUCAUGGCCGGCUUCAACAUGGGGGGCGACCUCAGGGAUCCUGCUGGCAGCAUCCCGCUCGGCUCACUGGCGGCUGUGGGCAUCUCGUGGUUUCUGUAUGUUGUCUUCGUCCUGCUGCUUGGCGCAGUCUGUACCCGCGAGGCUCUUCGCUAUGACUUCCUGAUAGCUGAAAAGAAAGGACCAAAUAAAACACCUGUGACUGCCAUCUGCCUGACCAGCUUGGUGACCAUGGCCUUUGUCCUGGUGGGUCAGGUGAACAUUCUGGCCCCUAUCGUGACCAUCAACUUCAUGCUGACAUACGUGGCAGUGGACUACUCGUUCUUCUCUCUGUCCAUGGGCUCCAGCAGCCCCUCGCGGGCGCCCGAGCCAGUGCUCAGGGAGGGCAUGGAAGCUGUCCACUGCUCGGAACACCUGCUCCUGGAGAAGGCUCCCAGCUAUGGCUCCGAAGGCCCCACCCGAAGCCUCUCAAAGGGCACACUUCUGGAAUUUACCAAAGACAUGGACCAGCUCCUCCGGCUGACCAGCGAGCUUGAGAGUAGCCAGCCCAGGCAAGAAGACGAGAGCAGAACUGCUGGGGGUCAGAAGAGGAAAGGCAAGAAGGCUACAAAACACACCCUACACGACAGCUUCCUCCUGGACUCCAGGGCCUCCACUUCCCUCCCUCCUGAUGGCUCUGACAAGUCGCCCACUGCCUCCUGGGAAGGACAAGGGUCCACCUGGAAUAAGCAGACUUCCAGGAGUGAAGGGACUUGGCCUGGGGGAACGUGUGAGGAACUUGUUCCGGAGCUGUGUAACCAGCGUCGGCCAAGUAGAGAAGAUUUUUUCCUGAAGCCCAGGCUCCAGGAACAAGACGUCCAGAGGAAACCAAGUUCUAUUUACACUCACAUAUGCAAUCCCUGGGUCUCACUGUUGGGGGCUAUUGGGUCUCUUCUCAUCAUGUUUGUGAUCCAGUGGGUCUACACCCUGGUUAACAUGGGUGUUGCAGCCAUUGUGUAUGUCUACAUCGGCCAGGCCAGUCCAGGACUUCCUCUUGGAUCAGCCUCCAACUUCAGCUUUUUCCGAUGGAUGAGGUCUCUUCUGACCCCCACCUGCAGGAGCUUGCGGUCCCCCCAGGAACAGAUCAUUUUGGCGCCGUCCCCUGCCAGGGUUGACAUGGCAAUGACCCAGCUCACUCAGGAGAACGCUGACUUCGCUUCCCGGGAUCGCUACCACCACGCCUCCUCCGUGAGUCGGGAACAGCUGAUGCCUCGAUACUAGAAGCCGCACU